AUGCUUCCGCCUCCACAGGUGGAAGUUGGACAAGACACUCACAUCACAGUGCAGGGAUGUGCACACCCUGUUGUGGGCGCCAUUGUCAACGGGUCAUUCAUCCGCAAUGGGGAGAAUCACGGCAAGCCUGUGUACAAGAAGACGGAGCAGACCAAAGACGGAGUGGACGUGCUGAUCUACUUUUGGAAUGAUGUGCAGAACCCCACCUUCUGUGGAUGGUGGCAGGAAUCUCAACUCCUUUCGCCUUUUUGGGGUUUCAAUCGGUGUCUUUGGAGUUUCCUCUUUCAGCUUUGUCCAAAGGUUGGUGUGACCUGA